ACAUCCGGUUUCUUUCGUGCUUCGCAGGGAUCAAGCAUGGCGGACACCGGAGUGGCGGAGACGCUGCUGCGGCGGAUCGAGACGGCGGAGGGCGGCGUGGACAGCCUGGAAGUGGCGGCCGGCCUCGGGGUGGACCACCAGGUCGUCGUCGGGGCCGUGAAGAGUCUCCAGGCCCUCGGGGACUACAUCUCGGCGGAGCAGCGGUCGUCGAGGCGCUGGGAGCUGUCGGGGGAGGGCGCCGAGAUCGCCGAGCACGGCAGCCACGAAGCCCGGGUGUUCAGCUCGGUCCCGCUGGGGGGUCUGGCCCAGAGUGAGCUCAUGAAACUGUCCUUUGGGAAGAUCGGCUUCAGCAAGGCGAUGUCCAACAAGUGGAUCCGACUGGACAAGACGCAUGAGGGCGGCCCCCGGAUAUUCAGGACCGUGGAGAGCGUCCAGGACCAGGUCCGAGAGAAGCUGCUCCUGGUCCAGAGAGGCGGCGACUCUCAGCUGGAGGAGAAGGACCGGAACGAGCUGAAGAAGAGGAAGCUGCUUUCUGAAGUGACGGUGAAGUCGUACUGGAUCACCAGGGGCGGCUCCUUCAGCACCACCAUCACCAAACCGGAGACGGAGCUCACUCCCGAGAUGAUCGCCACUGGCAGCUGGAAGGAGAAGAAGUUCAAGCCGUACAACUUCGAGGCGAUGGGCGUGGCCCCCGACUGCGGACACCUGCACCCCCUGAUGAAGGUGCGGACGCAGUUCAGGCAGAUCUUCCUCGAGAUGGGCUUCUCCGAGAUGCCGACCAACAACUUCAUAGAAAGCUCUUUCUGGAACUUUGACUCCCUGUUCCAGCCGCAGCAGCACCCGGCCAGAGACGCCCACGACACCUUCUUCCUGUCCGACCCAGCGCUCGCCCACGGGUUCCCGCAGGACUACCUGGAGCGGGUGAAGAAGGUCCACUCAGAGGGGGGCUUCGGCUCGCAAGGGUACAAGUAUGACUGGAAGAUAGAGGAGGCUCAGAAGAACAUCCUCCGCACCCACACCACGGCAGUCAGCGCACGCAUGCUGUAUAAACUGGCUCAACAGGAGAAGUUCACCCCCGUCAAGUAUUUUUCCAUCGACCGCGUGUUCAGGAACGAGACCCUGGACGCCACCCACCUGGCUGAGUUCCACCAGAUUGAGGGCGUGGUGGCCGACUACGGCCUCACGCUGGGAGACCUGAUCGGCAUCCUGCACCAGUUCUUCACCAAACUAGGAAUUACCAAACUUCGCUUCAAGCCGGCCUACAACCCGUACACAGAGCCCAGCAUGGAGGUCUUCAGCUACCACGAAGGACUCCAGAAGUGGGUGGAGGUGGGGAACUCGGGGGUCUUCAGACCAGAGAUGCUGCUGCCCAUGGGUCUCCCCGCGGACGUGUCUGUGAUCGCCUGGGGUCUGUCUCUGGAAAGGCCCACCAUGAUCAAAUACGGCAUCAACAACAUCAGGGAGCUGGUGGGACACAAGGUGAACCUGCAGAUGGUCUACGACAGCCCCAUGUGUCGGCUCGAGUCCUGAAGCCCCCCCCCCCCCCCCCCCCCCCCCCCACCCCUCGGGGAUCCUCAUCAUUAUUAUUAUUGGUAUUAUUGGUAUCAUUAUUAUGAACUGGACCUUUCCUUUCGGGACUACUCGUUUCUACGCCUCUCUCUGGUUCUUCCUGCUGAGCUCGACCAGUAAAACGCAGAAGAAAGAGGGUGUCUGUCUGCCCCCCCCCGUCCCUGUCCCCCCUUGUCCCCCCACCCACCCGUGCAACCCUUCAGAGAGACUUGUUCAAAGGGCUUUCACACACCGGAGCAGCCUUCUCCAGGAACUCCAUAAUUCAAAACCUUCGUGUGAAUCUCAGCUCAGUUCCUCGUUAGGAAGCUCGUCAGAACGCCGCCUACCUGAGCAGGUGGUGUGACGUCUGUCGUGUGACGGAGGUUCAAUAAAAACACUCUUUUGUUCCCAAAUACCA